AUCUCCUGCACCUGUGAGAGCUGUUAAUGUCUCAACUGCUGUUGUGACCUCUCCUCAACAUCUUCAGUGCUACCAAGUAAAAAGUUUGCUCCCCCUCUGCGGAGCUUUAUCUGUUACUCAGAAUAGAGACUUUACGAUGUGUGUGCAUGUUUGAUCAAACAAAAGCAAUUCGUGGCGUGGAGUGAAGCUAGCUACCGAAUGUAAUUAGUGUUGGAGGGUUUGCUUGUCUCAGGCAUUAUGGCAGAGUUUGCUCUACAAGUGACCACAGGAGACGUGAUGUAUGCAGGCACAUUGGAUAACUUGUAUGUUACCCCGAUCGGCAGCGAUGGGCCGUCCGAGCACACCCACCUAACCAGUGUUGAACUGAAUGAUAAAACUGGAAAGGUGGGAUCAUACUCUGUGACUUCACUUUUUUCUCUGGGAUGUCUUCUUCUGCUGAAGCUGGAGAACGAUCCUUUCCAUGAAUCUUUGGAAAAUGAAUGGUUUUGCUCCAAGAUUGUGGUGAAGACCCCUGAGGAGGAUGAAAUCCUUUUCCCCUGUUACCGAUGGCUGUCCAGGGGUGAAAGUGUGCUGCUGAGAGGAGGGGGAGCUACAAAGGCCUUUGAAGAUGCAGAUCCUCAACUUGUAGAUCAACGUAAAAAAGAACUGGUUCACUAUAAGUCAAUGUACAAAUGGGAUCACUACACUGAAGGGAUGUCGUACAUCUUAUAUCUCAAGGAUCCGAAAGUUGUUCCAGCAGACAUCCGUUUCUCAUACUCAAAAGCCUUUCAAAUUUCAUACAUAAGCAAAGUGGUACAAGCCGAGCUCAAAAAGAAAGGUCUGAAACAUGCUGCCGAGCAAUGGGAAAGCAUUGAGGCUAUGAAAGCAGUUUCCUGGUUCAGUGAGUCGCCAAUAUCAGAGUACGUAUUGGAGCACUGGAAGGAUGAUGACUUUUUCGGAUACCAGUUUCUCAAUCUCCACCCUGUCGUUAUCCAACGCUGUUCCAAGCUUCCCUCCAAGUUCCCUGUCACUGAGGACAUGGUGAAGCCUUUUCUAGCAAAUGGAAGCUCUCUGACUGUUGAGAUGAAGAUGGGCAAUAUUUUCAUUGGUGAUUACAAGAUAAUGGAAGGUCUGCCUACGAGAGUUCUUAAUGGUAAACCAUUGGUUAUGCCAGCUCCCUUCUGUCUGCUGUACCUAAACCCAGACGGGAAACUGCUGCCCAUCGCAAUUCAGCUCACCCAGCAGCCCUCAGAGUCAAACCCAAUUUUUCUUCCAAGCGACACCGAGUUUGACUGGUUGUUGGCCAAGAUAUUUGUGAGGCAUGCAGAUGCCCUAUAUCACAAUCUGGUCAGUCAUUUGCAGCGCACUCAUCUACUGUCAGAAGCGUUCACAGUGGCGACGAUUCGCAAUCUCCCAAAGAUUCAUCCUCUAUACAAGCUGCUAACCCCCCAUCAUCGGCAUACUAUCAAUACAAAUGUCCUAAGUCGUGCUCAACUUUACGGUCCUGGAAGAUCAUUUGAAAAUACUACACUUGGAAACGACGGAAUUAUAGAGCUCUUCAGAAGGGGUCUCUUACAAACAACCUACACCACCCUCUGCCUACCUGAAAGCAUUGCAGCAAGAGGACUUGAGUCCAUCCCCAACUUUUACUACAGAGACGAUGCGCUGAGACUGUGGAGCAUCAUCAACAGAUUUGUUGAGAGGAUGAUGGCAUAUUAUUAUCCAUCUGACAAUGAGGUGUCUGCAGAUUCUGAGCUCCAGGGAUGGAUCAAUGAAAUCUACUACUAUGGAUUUCUGGAAAACAGUGACUCGGGUAUCCCAUCCAACUUUCAAACUGUGGAGGAACUUAUCAAGUUUGUCACUAUGGUGAUCUUCACAUCAUCGUGUCAGCACUCUGCAGUUAACAAUGCGGUGUUUGAUUUCUUAGGUUGGGUUCCCAAUGGUCCAAUUUUGCUCCAACAAGCUCCACCAACAACUAAGGGAAAGGCUAGCAUGGAGACGAUCUUGGCUACUCUGCCAAAUAAAGCGUUUUCGGGAUAUACUACGGGACUUACGUGGCAACUCAGCAGGACAUACGAUGAUUUUGUACCUCUGGGCACUUAUCCGGAGCAACGUUUUGAUGAGCCCGCCACCUUGCAGAUGAUCCAGGAUUUUCAAGCUGAGCUGUCGUCCUUGAGCGUGACAAUUACCAAGAGGAACUCUGAGCUUGAACUGCCGUACAACUACUUGAAUCCUACACAAACAGAAAACAGCAUAACUAUUUGACUACGAUCAUGUUUUCAGUGGUAAACAGAAUAUAUUGUUCAGAAUUUUGUGUGUAUGCUACGAUGAGCUGACACUAUACCUGAUGUUUGACCUGAAAGUAAAGCCUUAUAUAUGUAUAUUCUGUAUCUUUUUCUAUCCUUUUCAUUACAGCUAUUUUUGCUAGUUUUUAUAAGAA